GGGUUAGUGAUGUUAUUUGAAAAAUAACCAAGGGAAGCAAGUGUUAUAAUGAAAAGUUGACUUUUUCUUUGAUCGAGUAAUGUUUCUUUGUCCUUUUGGAGGGUGAAUUUCCUGAUUACUAUCAACAAACAUCGGGAAACUCUGGUCAUGUCUGGUGUCAGAAUCCUUAAUUAUUCUUCAAAGAGCCCUUAAUGAAUUUUAUUGACUACACCUACACGACAAGCUGUCUUGACACAUAAAAUAAACAUAAGGUAUCGUAAUAUUAUUUGCAUAACGUUAUUUAUAUGGAGGGUGGUAUUCCAUAGACCACUUUCCAAUAGGACACCCAUUCGGCGUCUCAUAUUCCGCUUGAAACUUAUGACGAAUCGUUUUUCGUUCUCCUGUUUCCUUCACUUUGUGUUGAAUGCCUAGGCCUACCUUUGAUAACCCAUUUCAUUCAUCCAAAUUAUAUUAUGUAGCUUAAAAAUUAAUCAGAGGGUGUGGGUUGGAAAAUCCUCUCCUCCCCUCCCCCAAAUCGGCCAAACCAUACACUAUUACGUGAGUUCUCUAAAAGUAAAAGACGGCUUUCGUCGCUAUAGACGACGACUAUUUGAUCACGUGAUAAGGCGUACGGAACGGAAAGUCACAUGACAUGUAAAUGUUACACCCGCUUAACUAAUCAAGAGAGUCUUCUUACAGUUAUCUUUCUCUCUCUGAACUUAAUCAACUAACUGUUGACUACAGGUCUAACUUUGCUUGGCGGCGGGAAGGAGGAAAGAAACACGCAAUGUCGUGGUUGUUUGUUAUUUUCCCUUUUCUCAUUCUUCUGACUGAAACAAACAGCAAACCACCACACAUUGUUUUCAUGGUUGUCGAUGAUCUUGGCUGGAAUGACGUUGGCUUCAACAACCCGGACAUCAUAUCCCCAAACAUCGACAGCCUGGCCCAUGAUGGCGUCAUCCUCAACCACGCCUAUGUGCAGCCCCUCUGCUCACCGUCACGGAGUGCAUUUAUGACCAGCUAUUAUCCAUUCAGGCUGGGGUUGCAGCAUAUGGUGAUCAACAACGCAGCCGCUGUGUGUGCUCCCAUGGACAAGACGUUCUUGCCCCAAGUCCUCAAGAAGAACGGCUACGCCACACACAUAGUGGGAAAAUGGCACCUUGGGUUCUGUCGCUGGGAGUGCACGCCCACCUACCGAGGUUUUGACACGUACUACGGCUACUACAACAGUGGAGAGGAUUACUACAUCAAAGUUCAGGGUGAGUCGGCCACUUAUGAUCCGAAAACUUUUGUCUAUGUCUCCCUGCAGGUUCCCUUACAUUACUACAACAUGUACCCAAAUAUCACCAACGAUGGAAGACGGAUAUUUUCAGGCAUGGUGACGGCCGCGGACGAUGUGGUGGGCCGACUGGUCAAGGUGCUCAAAGACAGGGACAUGUUUGAUGACACCAUCUUCUUCUUCACUGCCGAUAAUGGUGGCUGGAUACCGUACCACGGGAACAACUUCCCACUGAGGGGAGGCAAAAUCACCAUCUGGGAGGGUGGCACCCGCGUGCCUGCUUUUGUGCACGGGAAACCUCUACAGAAGACUGGAGUGAGAUAUGAUGGACUGAUGCAUGCAGUCGACUGGUUCCCCACGAUUCUGGAGGCAGCGGGAAUAAGUUACUCUGACCCGCACAGAGACGGGAUCAGCCAGUGGCAGUCCAUCACGUCACUGUCCGCCUCCAGACGCUCCGAGUUUGUCUACAACCUGGACAACUACACCACUCCCAACCAGGGACACGCAGCCAUCAGAGUGGGUGACUUCAAACUGAUCGUAGGUUACCCCGGCCUGUACAACGACUGGUACAAACCGGAGGAAGACUGGCCGGGACCCACGCCCAGCUCGGACUACUCGGACCUGGACUUACAAAUGGACCCUCACACCUACUCCAACUGGACCAAGUUCAGGGGUCUCUACAACAUCAAAGAUGACCCGUACGAACACAACAACUUGUACGACAAACUCCCAGAGGUUGUAGAAAAGCUCAAAGCGCGGAUGUCCCACUACUACACAAUGAUGGUGCCGGCUAACUACCCACCCAAUGACCCCAAAGCUGACCCCAACAACUUUGACCUCUGGUGGCAGCCAGGCUGGUGUUGAGAGGUCAAGAGGUCAUCUCUGUGCUCACUGAGGAGGUGUAUUUGUCACACCUGACGUAUUUGUGAGCACUCUUUGCGUACUGUUUUCUGAGAGGAAUCCGAAGAUUAUAAUCACCCAAAAUCAUAUUGUUGAGAUGGGAAGAGGCAGUAUUAUUGUUGAUAUUGUUACUGGUAUUAUUUCUAAUGCUAUGAUCUCUAUUAUUAAUGUUACAGUUGCAAUAUUUGUAUUAUUGGAUUUUAUUUUAAAAUUUUUCAUUUUUGACAGACUGUCAGAGCAGGUGAUAAACUUAUAUUUAUAUUCAUUGUUAUAAUCAUUUAUGAAAUGCUUCCUUUCUAAUGUCUUUUGGCCUGGCUACUGAAGUAACAUUAUAUUUUUCUGGUCAUAGUAGACUUUAUUUAACUCGUAAAUCUCGUUACCAUAAAAGGAUUUCAUAUCCCAAGGGUAUUUUUUUCUACUUUUUAGUCUAUGCACUGUUAAUUCCGUAACAUGAAAUCUGCUUAGCUCAAAGAAAUUCAUUGGUUAAGGGAAGUUCAUAAUAAUAUUAUCAGGUUUUACUAUGUGAGAGAUACUGGACUUCAGAUCAAGUGUGAUGUGAUUGAGAAGAAAACAGAAGGUUUUACUGUGUUUGCUGAGUGUUAGUUCUCUGUGACUGGGGAAAUUUGACCUCUGGGCCAAUCUUUCCAGUUUAAUGAUGUCAUGAGUGCAAAGAAAAUUGUGUUGCUUGUUUUGAGAUUUUUGUUUUUAACCCAUGCUUUUUGUUUAAUUGUUUCAAGUAAUGAUACUGUGUAUAGUAACUUCACCUGAUUAUAAAAAUCUCUUUACUGAUCUGUGGAAGUACCUUAUGCUGACUCUGUAGUUUAAAGUGCCAUACUCUGUCUACUUUUAUGUUUUCUAUUUCAAAGAGCAAUAAUUUUUUAAUUGCCCUGUUAAAAAUCUUACUUCUUGUUUAAAGGUGCUACUCAUGGCCAGUAAUCUUUUAAUUUUACUUUCUUCAGAUUCACUUUUUGAUAGCUUUAAGUUUGAGAUGUUUUUGUUUUUCAAUUGGGGAUUCAUUUACAUUAUCUUGUAGUCCACAAACGGGAAGGUUGGAGAACAGUCAAUCUCCUGUGACGUUGGCCUUCCCUUGCUACAAGUGUAUGCAAUAUUCUUGGGGGG